UACAUUUCUUGGUCUCUUUACCAUGCACUGCCACCAAUGAUCUAUUACUUCCCCCUUCAGACACUGGCACUCACGGGUUUAGAAGUUUUUGCUGUUGCCUUCUUUUCUCCAAUAUUCUUGAUAAUUGGCCCUUUUUGGAGGUUGGCUAACAAUAAAUGUAUCCUAGCCCUUCUGAGACUGACUAUGGUUGGAAGCUUAGCAUCAUACCAGGCACCGAAUGCUUCAAUUAGACUUCUCGUCUUGGCUGCAGGUGUUUCGUCCUCAUUGCUAGUUCAAACAGUAACAUGGUGGUCAGGAAACAGUUUACAAAGGUUCGUCAGGAUAUGGGGCUUCAUGCUAGGCAAGAUAAUGCUUCUUGUUCUUCGCAUCUGGUAUACAUCACUAAACCCAGUCUGGAGCUCACAAGCUGCCAAUACUGUCAUACUGGCAAUUGGGUUUAUAGCAGUAGUGGAGCGAAUUUAUUCAGGUGGAGACAAGAGGAAACAAGAAAGAAACAAAACUGGUAAUGCAGUUAGAGAGACUGUUUCCCACCCUCAUUGGCUUUUGUCAGGGAUUGCUUUUGGCAGCCUCAUGUUCCUCACCCUAUGGAUAUUUGGAGAAGUCUCGUUAAUUUCUAGAUGGGCAGUAAGUGGACAUCCACAUACAGGUCCAGAUCCAAAUCCAUAUGGAGGUACAGUUCUGUUGGGCCUGGCUCAUGGCCUGAUGCUUUCAUUUUGGAGCUGGUCUUCUAUCACCAGUUUUGCCUGUCUUCUUUUAGGUUUAGCAUCUUCGGCUGGUCUCCUUUAUUUACACACCUGGAGUGCUGCUGUGGCAGGCAACAUUCUUGCUGUCUUUACUAUGUGUGUAUGGCCUCAACUGGCUGGACGCUUUGUUAGCUGUCUGCAUCCUGGGAAAGCCAUGAGUACAGCCAUGUUUGCCUACGUGCUUGAAUUAUUCUUCUGUGUAUGGUGUACAGCUUAUAAAUUUGUACCUGGAGGAAUUUACGCUAGAGAAGGCUCCCAUCUUCUUUUAGGGUUUAUAAUGUUAUGUAUUGGGGUGGACUUUCUACAAGGACCCAAGAAAGACCUUAGCUCUGUCUUUGAAGUGAAAAGCAAUCAAAAGCCACUAUUCAAAAAGAGUAAAACCUAUAUUAAACUAUUAUUGUGGCUGUUUGUCGGUGUUGGUUUGCUAGGAUUGGGUCUACGUUAUAAAACUUACCAGAAGAAGUUGGGCCAAGCGGUUCCAAAAAGAGAUUUCUCUGCUAUGAUCUGGCCUUUUAGAUUUGCCUAUGACAAUGAAGGAUGGUCUAAUUUGGAAGGAUCAGCUAAUCUGCUUAAUCAGACAGAUGCAGAUUUUAUCACUAUUAUAGAGAGUGAUGCCUCUAAACCAUUCAUUGGGAACAAUGAUCCAACAAUGUGGCUAGGAGAAAGACUAGGAUUUUACACAGAUUUUGGUCCAAGCACAAGAGAUCACACUUGGGGGAUUAUGGCACUAUCGAGGUAUCCAAUUGUAAAAUCUACCCAUCACCUCCUUCCAUCUCCAGAGGGAGAGAUUGCACCUGCCAUCUCCAUGACUGUCAACUUCACAGGGAAAUUGGUUGAUUUUGUUGUCGCCCACUUUGGAAAUGAGGAAGAGGACUUGGACAGACAACUCCAGGCUAUAGCUGUUUCAAACUUAUUGAAGACUAGCUCUAAGCAAGUUGUAUUUCUGGGAUACAUCACUUCAGCUCCUGGAUCCAGAGAUUAUACUGAAUUAAUAGAAAAUGGAAAUGUCCAGGAUAUUGACAGUACAGAUCAUGACAGAUGGUGUAGCUAUAUUAUGUAUCGUGGAGUAAUAAGGUUGGGCUAUGCCCGCAUAUCUCAUGCUGGUUUAAGUGAUUCAGAAGUCCAGAUGGCCAAAUUUAGGAUCCCCGAUCACUUGGAUAGCUAUGUUGACAAUGACAGAAUUGUCACUGAUCCCAGACAAGUUCCUGAGGACAUCCAUUUCAAUCCCAGGUUUGGAUCUUAUAAAGAUGGACAUAAUUAUGAGCGUAUUCAUCACUUCCAUAUGAGCACUCCUAAAUAUUUUAAGCAGACAAAUUAGAAUGAGGAAAAAACCUAUCAUUGGGACCAACAAGAAAGGUUUGUUGCUUGAAACUGAAUUGCCAGCCAAAAAGACAGCAUUGUUUAAGGAUGAGCAACUCCCAUGCUGCAUAACACUGUAAAUGUCUGUGUAAUAGUUGGUGACUUUUCUUUAAUGAGCUCUCAUCACUGUGAGAGAGGGAGGUCACAUGCCUUUUGAUAAAUUGGUAUCUACCUGGGCCAGAUCCCUGCUUUGUACCCAGCAAAGCAAGGGUGGGAACUCACUUUGGCAAUAACUGCUUCAGCUUUUUUGAAGGUAUCCUGUAUUGUGCUGUUUCA